AUGUCGAUUGGCACCGAAGCCAAUUUGUCUGGGGUUUCGGAUAAGUUUCUGGACGCUACUAGUGAUGAAUUAGAAGGCGAUACGGACGACGACGAAGAGGAAGAGGACAGUGGAGGACGAGUAGGAUUUGUGGAGACAGAAGAGGAUGCACAAGAACAUGAUUGGGGUCCUUCUGUUUUACCGGACAGAUGGGAUGUUUUGGGACUCGGCCAAGCUAUGGUUGACUUUUCUGGCAUGGUUGAUGAUGAAUUUUUGGAUAGACUUGGAUUAGAAAAGGGUACUAGGAAGGUAGUGUAUCAUGAAGAAAGAGGUAGAGUUUUGCGGGCAAUGGAUGGAUGCAGUUACAAAGCCGCUGCUGGUGGAUCUCUUUCAAAUAGCCUGGUGGCCUUGGCCAGGCUUGGGGGUCAACCCAUUGGAGGGCCUGCCUUAAAUAUAGCCAUGACUGGCAGUGUGGGAAGUGAUCCAUUAGGUGGAUUCUACAGAUCAAAACUCCGACGGGCAAAUGUGAAUUUCCUUUCAGCACCAGUGAAGGAUGGAACAACAGGAACAGUUAUUGUUCUCACAACUCCCGAUGCUCAACGUACAAUGCUUGCAUACCAGGGUACAUCAUCUAGGGUUCACUAUGAUCCCUGCCUAGCCAGCCUGGUUUCUAAAACACGUAUAUUAAUAGUUGAAGGGUAUUUGUUUGAACUUCCUGACACGAUCAAAGCGAUUAGAAAGGCAUGUGAGGAGGCACGCAUGUGUGGUGCUUUGAUUGCCAUCACAGCUUCAGAUGUCUCGUGCAUUGAGAGACAUUAUGAUGAUUUCUGGGAUAUCAUGGCAAACUAUGCAGACAUCGUCUUUGCAAACAGUGAUGAAGCCAGGACUUUUAGUCAUUUUUCGUCGAAGGAAAGUCCUAUUUCUGCUGCGAGGUACCUAAGUCAUUUUGUCCCAUUUGUUUCAGUGACAGAUGGUCCUAGAGGCUCUUAUCUCGGUGUAAAAGGGGAAGCUGUAUAUAUCCCUCCUUCACAUUGCAUGCCAGUUGACACUUGUGGCGCAGGGGAUGCUUAUGCAUCUGGCAUUUUGUAUGGUAUAUUACGUGGUGUGUCUGAUUUGAGGGGUAUGGGUGCAUUAGCGGCUAAGGUUGCAUCUGUAGUUGUUGCACAACAAGGAACCCGAUUGAGGGUACAAGAUGCUGCCAAAUUAGCUGAGUCAUUUACAUUUCAUCACCAAAGCUCCAAUAUCUGGUCAGAUGUAGGAUCCGAUCAAAUCUCCAGCUUGUAA